GAUGUUUUCUAUUCAGAGCAUUUCCUGCCCCCAAAUUUUGACGUGUUUUGAUGCAUCGCGUAGAGUUAUAACUUGUUCUUCAACAUCGAACCAAUACUCCUCGUCCUCUUCCACAUCGCCAUGUUGUCUGUAUCGUUCGCAUCUAUUGCCCUGCUCAGUGCCGCAGUGGUGCUAGCUGAAGAUCUGUCAACGAUCACAGCUUCGCCAGCCACACCCACGUUGAAUCGACGGCAAUCAAACACUGCUGUCACCACGUAUGAGACGACGUCUCCGCUCCCCUUGACCGACUACUUUUACCCCUAUACGGAUCUCCCCUCCAAGGUCAAUCCCUAUCCCGUGGGCCGUGGACCCCAAUCAGGAUACAAUCAAUGCAAUUCGACGACUCAGGGCCCUGACUCGCAAUGUCAGACAUUGGAGAUGAACUCCCUGUUCGAUUUUUGUCUCUGGGGUGCACCCGGUCUUUACCCGAAUCAGAGUGUGGGUGAUGUAGAGGCAGCGACAGUCGCCUAUUGCUCGAUCGACGGACACGGAGGAAGAAUCUUCCCUCCUGGAACAUUCACCGCGAUUCAGUUCAUGAGGACUCCAGCCUAUAUUCAGAUUGUUGGACUCUUCAAUCAGACAUCUGUCGGCCUGACCAAUACCGACCCUGGUGGAGAGCUCGACCCCCACGGUGCCGAUGGUCUCGGAAACCCGCUGGGAGGACUCGUCUAUUCUACAGGUUUCUCUUCUGGCGACAACCACACGUACAUUCAGACGGAGUCCUGGAACAUGUUCUUGGACACCAACAAAUUCUGUCUCAAGUUGUGCGACCCGAACUACCAGACAGAAUCCAACUACUGCCAAAACAUCUUCGAUCUGAUCGGUUGCGAUUACAAUGCCCCAGCCGCUUAUGAAGAGGGCGUUUUCCUGUCCUGUGAUGGAGAUAUCCAGUCUGAGGUCGGAACGUACACCAAUUCAAACGGUCAAACCCUCACAUGGUCCCAACCACCUUCACUGAGCCCCGGAUACACCUUGCCUUACACGCCAUCGAUCCCGGCCUCCUCAAAUUGUGUCACUUACCAGUCUACGGACCUGUUCCCCAUCGCCUCCUUGGGGUAUCAAAGCACGAACAACGUCUUUGGAGCCCUUGGCCCGACCACCGCUGCAACUGCCUCUGGUUCUUCUGCUACGGCUGGGUCCACCGGCACAUCUGAGAAGAGCAAGGGGGCUUCCGGAUCAUCUAAGACCGGAUCGGCUGCCUCUUCUGCCUCUGCCUCAUCGACAAAGACUGGUGCUGCCGCUAGACUCGUGCCUGGAUCGCUUGCCUUUGUGACCCUGGGUGGUGUUCUUGUGGCACUGCUCUGAUUAGUCGCGGACACUUGCAUUAGCCAUUUAUUGAUUGAGCAUGUAUAUACCCAUUCUCAAAGA